AUGUCGCUUGGUUUUGACGCUUGGUUGUAUAUUGUGCAAAAUCUGCUAAGAUCUUCGUGUGGGCAAAUCAUGACAAACAUGCGGAUUCCGAUCAUCACUAACCACUCUGAUAAGGUUCAAUUAACUCGUUUGAGCCACAUCUACUUCGAACACGCAGAUCUUGAGAAGUUCAGGAAGUUCGCAGACGAUUUUGGAUUCGUUGAAGCUAAGAGUACGAGAGACAGAGUUUAUUAUCGCGGUUAUGGCAGGGACCAAUAUGUUUACGUCGCAUUGAAGAGCAUAGAUGACCAGCCAAGAUUCAAAGGCCCUGCUUUUGUUGCAAAGAGCCAAGGAGAGUUUGAAAAGGCAAAGAAGCUACCUGGUGCCAUCGUCAGCGAUAUGAGCGACGGUCCUGGAGGUGGUGAAAAAAUUACGUUUAACCGCCCAGAUGACACCUUCUUCCAUAUCAUCUGGGGGCAGGAGGAGCAAGCUGUAGAUUUGAAGGAGCCUACGGCCACCCACGAGCGGGUGGGACCAUUUAACAGACCUUUCGAGAAGAGCAGACGAGGAGAGUUUCAACGCUUCCAUCCAGGUCCAGCACUUGUACACAAGUUGGGUCACCUUGGCUAUGCUGUUCUAGACUUUGAUAAUGAGCUCAAGUGGUACACCGAGAACUUCAGCUUCGUCCCGUCAGAUAUCCUUUACCACUGGAACUUCUCCAACAUGGAUGUCCUGACAUUUAUGCAUCUCGAUCUGGGUGACGACUACUCUGAUCACCACUGCGUUUUCCUACAACGGGCGGCGCCGCAUGUCAAAAAGACUUUCCUUCACCACACGUCUUUUGAGGUAGCCGACUUCGACACUCAACUUCUCGGACAUGACUGGCUAGCCAAGAAGGGCUGGCAUAGCGUCUGGGGCGUCGGACGCCAUGCGGACCCGAGCGGUUUCAAAAUUGAGCAUUACGCGGAUGGCGACAUUGUAAAUAAAGAUACACCAACGAGAAGGGAGGUUGUCGGACCAUUGUUAGUAUGGGGUCCAGAGAUACCUAAGGAGUUUGGGCAGAAGAUUACUGUAGCUGGAAUGGGUACAAUGGCGGAUGUUUGA